AUGAAUCAGCCUACUAGUGGUUCCUCGUCUGCCGGAACAAAAGUUGGUUCCCAACAAAUGACUGCUUCUGCCGCUGAAGUCUCUGCCCUGCCUGCCAGUUCCCUUGCCGCUGGAACAUCAUCGACUCCCACUGCCGCUGGAGUGCCUCCACCAAACGUAAGUACCAGUGUCGCCUAUUCAACCCAACCAUCUAAAGUUGCUCCUUCUAUUGCCGAGGUGCCUGCAAGUUCCAUCGUUGCCGGAACGACGUGUACCGUAGCCACCACAGUUGCCGCCAGUGUUCAACCUAACCAACAAAAUUUUUUGAGCUCUGCUGUUCAGCCGCCGUUGCCCCAGUCGAGCUACAACAACAAUUUAGAAGUUCUCCAAAGCCAGAUAAAUGUUCUCCAGGCCCAGUUGUUAAAUGCCCAGCGUGCUUUGUCCAUCGCCAUGAACAAUAAUUCGACGUCAAGCUCUUCAGCCGCCAUGCCACAGCCAUCCAAUAUGGCGCCGCCAGUAACGGGUACCAGUGAAGCCAACGUUGACAAUUCUGCCUCAGCCAACGUCGACUGUGCUGAACGUCGGACGCCAUUUUCUUCCGUAAGCUGUAAUGAAAAUAAUUUUUUGAUGCCGUCAAAUAUGCCGUUGUCUCAAAAUGGUGGCUCGAUGCUGGUGCAUAGAAAAAUUUAUGACUUGCCGGAAUUUAAUGGCGUCCCUGAAGAUUGGCCCAUGUUUUCAACAGCUUUUAACCAGUCUACUGCCGUUUAUAAUUAUAAUAAUUUUGAAAAUUGUUUGAGGCUCCAAAAGGCUUUGAAGGGCGAUGCACGGGAAUGUGUGAAGUCGUUGCUGAUCCAUCCAGAUAAUGUGAGUAUGGUUAUGGAACAAUUGUGUUUUCAAUAUGGUCGGCCCGAAAUGCUCAUCCGUUGUCAGCUGCAACAAGUUAAAGAAAUUUCGCCCAUUAGUGAAAGUGCUAUCGACAAACUUGUGCCUCUUGCUGUUAAAGUGCAGAAUCUAGCCGCCUUUUUGGAAACUGCCAAUGGACAACAGCAUUUAGCAAAUCCUACACUGAUGGAAGAGCUGGUCGGGAAAAUUCCUAUGAGUAAACGGAUGGAGUGGGCCUGCUACGCCUCAACUAUAAAGCCAUAUCCUACAGUUUUGGAUUUUAGUAGGUGGCUCAAAGGUGUUGCUGAUUUAGUAAGAAUGGUGCAAAGUUCUAGUGGAAAUCGUCAAAAUAAUGAACCAAAAAGAAAAGUUGUCCUCCAUGCCGCUGAUGGUCAACAUAAACAAGAAUGCUCUCUGUGCCAGGCAAAUCAUAAAAUAUUUGAGUGUAAAAAAUUUGGUUCAUUGAGUGUGCCUAAUCGUUGGAGUGAAGUUAAGAAAUUGAGGUUAUGUUUUUCGUGUCUCGGUAGUGGACAUUCAAGCCGAUUUUGUCGUUAUCGUAAGACGUGUCCCGUUGAUGGUUGCCUAAGAAAACAUAACAAAUUAUUGCAUGAUGUCAAAAUUAAUAAUACGGUUUCAUCUGAGACUCCUGGUCCAAGUGGUUCAUCGAAUGGAAAUGAGUCUGUGCUUAGUUGUGUGUCCAAAGCUACAGAUAAAAGUGUGUUGUUAUUUCGAGUGGUGCCAAUUGUGCUUUAUGGUCCUAGUAACAAAGUCGAAACAUAUGCGUUGUUGGAUGAAGGUUCUUCGGUUACUAUGGUGGACAGCUCCUUGGUGAAGCAACUGGGUCUUCAGGGGCAACAAAGCAGAUUAAAUCUACACUGGUAUGCUGGUAAGGCGUCACAAGAAAUGGCGACUGUGGUUCAUUUGCAAGUAAGUGGAAUUGGUAGGCAGAGGAAAUAUGCGUUAAAUAAUGUUUAUGGAGUUUCAAAUUUAAAAUUGCCGGCCCAAAGUUUAAAUAUGGAUUUAAGUGAUCAUCCUGGUUUGCCUAUUAAAUUAUACGACGACGUAGUCCCUAAAGUGCUUAUUGGAUUGGAUCAUUGCCAUUUGGGGCUUCCCGAUGAAAUUGUGCCUCUGGAAGAAAAUGGUCCAUAUGCUGCCAAUACUCCUUUAGGAUGGGUCGUAUUUGGUAAAAUGAAGGGUAAGUCGUCUAAUUCCCAUUUGUGUUUGUUGUCGGUUCAGCCUGAGCAAAGACUCUAUGAUUUGGUGGCAAAUUAUUUCGAAACGGAGAAUUUUGGCGUGAAGAUAUUGCCAGUCAUAGAAUCGAAGGACGACUUACGGGCUCGGCAAAUUAUGAAAGAAACAACAAUAAAAAUUGAUGGACGAUUCCAAACUCGGCUCUUGUGGCGUACUGAUGAUGUUGUGCUUCCAGACAGUUACCAUAUGGCUCUUAAUAGGCUCGUUGGCAUUGAACGAAAAAUGAAAAGAUGCCCUGAAUUUGGUGUCGCCUAUAAAACCAUAAUGAAGGAUUAUUUGUCGAAGAAUUAUGUACGUAAACUGUCGCCCAUAGAAGCUGCUGAUGUAUGCCCCAGAACUUGGUAUCUUCCGCAUUUUGGAGUGGUCAACCCAAAUAAGCAAGGAAAAAUUCGGUUGGUGUUUGAUGCUGCCGCAUCCGUUGAAGGUGUUUCUCUCAAUUCAAACCUGCUUAAAGGCCCCCAGCAAUAUAAGCCGUUGCCAUCUGUUUUGUUCAAUUUUCGUGUUGGUGCUGUAGCAGUGUGCGGGGACAUAAAAGAAAUGUUUCACCAGGUACUUGUGGCUCCUGAAGAUAGAUGUUCCCAAAGGUUCCUUUGGCGUGAAGAUAAUAGAGAACCACCCGAUUGCUAUGAAAUGCUUGUUAUGACUUUUGGUGCUGCUUGUUCGCCUUGUGUGGCUCAUUAUGUUAAAGAAACAAAUGCUCUGUGUUAUCGUGAUCAAUAUCCUCGUGCAGUGAAGUCUAUAUUGGAUCAUCAUUAUGUGGAUGACUUUGUGGAUAGUUUUCCUAGCUCUGCAAGGGCCAUUGAAAUUUCGCAACAAGUACGCAACAUCCAUAAAGCAGCUGGGUUUGAACUACGUAACUUUUCAUCUAACUCUUCGGAGGUAAUUGUGGCUCUUAAAGGUACUGUGGAGAAACCGGUGAAUUUUUCCAGCGAUUUUAAUGAGCUAAAAACGGAAAAGGUACUUGGUAUGUAUUGGCAACCAAAAGAUGAUACUUUCAGGUUCAAUUUAAAGUUCCACAAUGUGAAUGCUGGUGUUAUGGAAGGUGUAAGGUCUCCAACUAAAAGAGAGCUGUUGAGUGUGGUUAUGUCCGUUUUCGACCCACUUGGGUUUUUGAGCCACUAUAUGAUAACCGCAAAGUUGUUGAUGCGAGAAGUUUGGAGACAUAGCAUUGGUUGGGAUGAAGCACUGCCCGGUGAAAUUGUUGAUGUGUGGAAUAAUUGGCGCCAAGGUCUUCAAAAUGUUGAAAAGGUCAAAGUACCUCGGUGUUAUUUUGGAAAUGGUGUUCCUUACCGCCUGGAACUACAUGUUUUCGUCGACGCCAGUGAAGACGCAUUGGGAGCCGUGUCAUACUGGAGGUCAAUAAAUGCCCAUAAUAAAAUUGAAGUGUCUCUUGUGGCUGCCAAAUCUAGAUGUGCCCCUUUGAAGAUUAUGAGUAUUCCUCGGCUCGAACUACAGGCUGCUGUUUUGGGUACUCGGUUAAUGGUUACAAUUUUGAAGGAACAUUCCGUUAAGGUAUCAAGGAUUAUUUGUUGGAGUGAUUCUACAACUGUAAUAAAUUGGAUUGGCUCAGAAAGUCGUCGUUACAAACCUUUUGUUGCCCACAGAAUAACGGAGAUACUUGAAUCUACUAGCCCUGCAGAUUGGAGAUGGCUGCCAACAAAUCUAAAUGUUGCGGAUGAAACUACAAGAAUGAAAAGCCAAGUUGAUUUUUCUGAUGAUUCCCGCUGGUUGAAUGGUCCUAAAUUUCUUUAUGAUUCUGAAGAUAAUUGGCCCCAAAAGGUAAACGUAGCCCCAAACGAACAAGAUUCGGAAGAACUUCGUCCAAAAUUUGCUCUAUUGGUAAAUACUGAUGCAGUUAUUAAUUAUACAAGAUUUUCGUCCUAUUUGAAACUAAAACGUACAGUAGCUUGGAUGUUACGUUUUAUAAACCGCUGCCGAAAGAAGAUUAGUCCUGAUGAGGAGAAUGGUUUAACUGCAGUCGAGUUAAAAAAUGCUGAAAUAUUGCUCUGCCGUCAAGCUCAACGAGAGCAUUUUUGCAAAGAAAUUGAAAUAAUUGAAAAUGAAGGUAGUUUGCCCAAAAGUAGUGAAUUGUACGCCCUGUGCCCUUAUAUGGAUGAAAAUUCAUUACUUCGUGUCUAUGGUCGUGUUGAUGCUGCUAGCUGGUUACCAUUGGAUAUAAGGCGUCCGAUUAUAUUACCGUCGUUCCAUCCUGUUACCGAGUUGUAUGUGGCCCAUGUACACGAAAAGAUGAAACACCAAAAUUUUGAAUCCACAAUAUGUGAAAUUAGAAGAUCAUUUUGGAUUCCUCGCCUUAGAAAAAUUUUGCAUAAGCGUGUUUCUAAUUGUUUUAUUUGCAGAUUUCGUCGUACAUUGCCGGUGCCACCACUUAUGGGUUCUUUGCCAAAGGACAGGUUGACUCCAUAUAUUCGUCCCUUUUCCUACACUGGUUUGGAUUACUUUGGCCCACUUACUAUUACAAUUGGUCGUCGCCAUGAAAAACGCUGGGUGGCUUUAUUUACUUGCCUGACCAUAAGAGCCAUCCAUUUAGAAGUCGCCUUUGAUUUGUCCACAGAUGCGUGUAUUCUUGCCAUACGCAACUUUAUAAAUAGACGUGGCCUUCCUACAAGACUCAGGAGCGACAAUGGAAAAAAUUUUGUUGGUGCUGAUCAAGUAGCCAAGCGGUUCAGUGAAGUAUUUGAUGUGGCUCGUAUUCAAGAUGAAUGCUCUACGAAGGGUAUAGACUGGCAGUUCAAUUGUCCCCACAAUCCUGCGGAAGGUGGUAUAUGGGAACGUAUGGUCCAGUGUGUCAAACGUGUCUUGCAGUCAACUUUAAAAGAAUCGGCCCCCCGAGAACAUACGUUGCAAAGUUUCCUUAUUGAAGCGGAAAAUAUUGUGAAUUCUCGUCCCUUAACGCACUUGCCCUUGAGCCAUGAAGAUGAGGAACCACUAACGCCGAAUCAUUUUUUGCUGGGUUGCCCUAAUACAUCGCAAACUUCUGCUGGGGAAAUAAAUGUUCAACCAAUGGUCCUGAGAAAGCAGUGGCGCAUUUCCCGUCAGUUACGCGAUCACUUCUGGAAGCGGUGGAUAAGAGAAUAUUUACCAACGAUGACUAGACGUUCCAAGUGGUGUCAACGUACGAAGCCCAUUGCUGUUGGUGAUUUGGUCCUAAUUUGUGAUCCAGUCGUGUCUCGUAGAGAUUGGAAGCGUGGUAAAGUUGAAGAGGUAUUUAAAGGGAGAGAUGGUAUUAUUCGUCGUGCUAAUAUUCGCACUAGUACUGGAUGUUUAAUGCGCCCUGUUUCCAAGCUGGCUAUCCUUGAUUUGGAAUAG